ACAUUUACCUAUUUUAUCUCACAUUUCUGACUUUGUCUCCUCGCAAAUGCAAAUUUAUAAUUCAAAGCUAAGACUUUAUAACUCGAUUUCACUCUAUUGCGAGAUUUUCAGUUCUGAAAAAAGGCCAGGAGUAUGAAUAUAUAAAAAUAUAUAUUAUAUCAUGGUUUCUAUAGACUGCUACUUUAAAAUGGUAAUUUUAUGCAACCAGAUAGGCCCCGCCAACAAGAAACACCAUGAGCUUUUGCAAACACAUAAAUUGGUCUAUUUAGUUAUCCACUUCUUAGCACAGAAGCAACAAAAAACAUGUUUGCGGUAUGAUUGUAUUUUAUCUUUUCUAAAAUACACAUUGAAAGUCUUUCCAAGUAAUGUCAAUGAUUAUUUUACUGCAAAAUAAAUGUUAAGGCCUGCAUGAUUGUAUGGUACAAAUAAUUUAUAAAAAAAUUAUAAUGCGUUUUGAAUUUUACGUCUGGGAUGAAAGUAUCUUUAAUUUUUGUAUCUUAAUGUCUUGUCAUGUCCAGGUUUUGGUGUGUAAAGAAUCGUAUGUUGUUUAGUCCUCCACAGUAGAGGGCAGUAAGUCGAUACUGCUCCGAUACUCUGUCAGAAAUGCAUCACUUCCGGCGACCUACAUGGGAACCAAUGGCAUCGCAGCAGGACAGGCGCUCGAGAGGCAGGUUUAAAUGCGCCGCCCGCGAGCCUGCGAGCAGGACUAGAGGAGCCUUGCUUCUUCUGGAAGUGUGCAGAAGUGAAGAGUUCUAUUAACAGUACAAAGUCAGGAUGUCAAAAGAUAGUAGACCGCUUCAAGAACUGAGUGAGAAUUUGGAGGGAUCCCUGUGCAGGCCUCAGAGGGGUAAAUGGAAAAGGCGGUCCUCGUGCAGUGGGGGUCUAGAUACUGAGAACACGCCGAACGAGCUCAUCCAGCAGUGGUCACCCCCGCACAAGAAGAUCCUGACUUCUGCAAAAGGGAAAGAAAAUGAGGAAAACGCAUUUGUUCUUGCCAGACGUCCCAGGAAAAGAAGAGAAUCGGCAGCAGGCUUGUGUUGGGACAGUCUGCCUGAUGAGCUAUUGCUGGGAAUCCUGUCACGUCUCUCACUGCAAGAUCUCCUCCGGACAUCACGGGUCUGCAAGCGCUGGCAUUGUUUAGCGUUUGAUGAAUCUCUGUGGCACAGCGUGGACUUGGUGGGUAAGGCUCAGUUAGAUGCUGAACUUGGGCAGGUUCUCUCAUCUGGAGCCUUGAGGCUGCGCUGUCCACACACCUGCAUUGGUCAACCCAGCUUUAAAAGUGCACGGAAACUUCGUGUCCAACAUCUGGAUUUAUCAAACUGCACAGUGGAGACAUCUGUUCUCGAAGACAUCCUGUCACGCUGCAGACAUCUACAGAAUCUCAGUCUCGAAGGACUGGUGCUCUCUGAUAGCAUAAUUCAUUCUCUGGCUGAAAAUACGGAAAUUGUCCGACUGAAUCUGUGUGGCUGUUCAGGCUUUUCCCCUGAAUCGCUGGCUGAGAUGCUAAAAUCUUGCACUCGAAUUGAAGAAAUGAAUGUGUCAUGGUGUGACUUCAGUAAUCUCCACGUUCAAGCCAUUGCUGCCAACAUUCCCUCCAGCGUCUCUCACCUGAACAUCAGUGGUUACAGACAAAACCUCACCAUGGAAGAUGUUAAAGCUGUAGUAAAACGAUGUCCGAACCUUACAAAUCUAGAUUUGAGGCAAGUUCAUAAUUUGGAAAGACGAUUGUGGAUCAAGUGCCUAAUAGCAAACGGCUUGAGGUUGACAUUCGAUUAUGUGCUUUAUCUUUACAGUGAUAGUGUGCUUGUGACAACAGACAGUUUCCCAGUCCUGCAGCAGCUUUCCUCCUUGAGACAUCUGGCAGUGAGCCGCUGUUAUCAGAUCCACCCAGCUUCACUCAUUGACUUUGAAAAGUUCCUAAAUUUGCAGACCCUGGAGGUCUUCGGGCUCAUACAGGACAGCUACCUGCCCAUUCUUUGUAAAGGUCUACCGCACAUACAGAUCAACACACAGCCUUUCUCCACCGUGGCACGUCCCACCUCGGCAUCAAGAAAGGAUCGCACGCUUUGGGGAAUGCACUGUCGACUUGUGUACAAACAUUGAUGGUUUUAAUGAUUACAGGGUUAACCAAAUAGCUUUUAUAAUAGUCCAUAUCUCUCUUAAUUGUGCCCUAUUAGAAUUAUUUGUGAUUUUUAAAAAAAAAUUAUUUUAACAUCACUGGCAAGUCCUUGUUUUAUAUUGUAACAGUUUCAAUUUAGUGAAGAUGACAAUUGUGUUGGAGUUCCUGACAAUCUUGAAUUGAGUGGCGUUCUUGUUACAUUGCAAAGAUGAAGAGUGACUUAAUGUUUGAUACCAGUAGCUGUAAUUUUGAAAAUGACAAGUUUAGAUGUUUAUUGCUUCAGGUGAAAUCUAGAAUAUAACGGUAGGUUCUGUUUGUCACUCAGGAUCUGUUUUCCUGCCAUGAUAAAGUACAUUUCCAGUUUCACUCUUGGAUUAUCAAAGGAUAAUCUAGUUUAGUAAUAAGACAAUGGUUUUAUGGUAAUCUUAAAAAGUUCCCAAAUAAUUUGAAAAUACAGAAGCAUUAGAACUGGUGCUUUCAGAGCAGAGAAAAUAUUGUGAAUCUCUUCCAUUUUUCGGAACAGUUUGAAAACUUGAAUUUUGUACCACUUUGGAUGUUGCUAGACGUAUUUUUAUGAAUUGUUUACAUUGUCUGAAUUGUAAAUAAAAUGUAUUGCUUUUUAUUUAAAGCCA